UCUUAACGGGGUGUAGUGAGAAGCGUGAAAUCUGUAGGCAUUUAAAAAUCAUUUUUAAUUUCGAACCUUGAAAUAUAAAAUAACAGCAUGCAGAUUCUAAACAUCGAUCCGACUUGUAAUUACAGAUACAGCUAAUCCUGAGCUGACAGACCGCCACACACACUGCGGCACGUCAGCGGCCGGUGGCCGGAAUCAUCUUCCGGGUUUGCGGCGUCGGAAACGCUGCGUCUCUGCAAGGCGGAUCUCCCUCAGUGCAUCCUCUAAAACUUUGUUUUAAGGACGUAAACUUUCUAUACUGUGUCAUGUAAAUGUCUCCGUUAAUGUAGAGCUUAUUAGCAUAAACAUCGGACUUUUCUGGGGGGGAUGUAGAUGCGUGAAAGGCGUGGCACCAGAUGAUACAGAAAAGGACCAUUUUAGGUGAAAAGUUCGCCGACCGGCUGUAACGCUGCACAAAUAUAAUUAUUGAAAGAAGUUGCUGCAGUGACCUGUUAUUCGACUUGGGAAAUGGGGGAUAAAGACCUGAUGUGGGCUUUGAAAAACGGUGACCUGGAGGAAGUAAAGAAGUUACUUGUGAAGGAUGAAGACAUCAACCGGACCCUUGAAGGGGGGCGGAAGCCCCUGCACUAUGCUACUGACUGUGGACAGGAUGAGAUGGUGACCUUCCUUCUGUCCCGGGGGGCAGAUGUCAAUGCUCCUGACAAACAUGGCAUCACCCCUCUGCUUUCUGCCACAUAUGAGGGCCACCUCUCCUGUGUCAGAAUACUGCUUGAGAAGGGAGCCGACAAAGAGCAGAAAGGACCUGAUGGACUCAGCGCCUUCGAAGCCGCAGAGAGCGAUGCUAUCAAAGCUCUCCUCAAGUGAGAUGGGCUGGCAGACCAUCCCCGGCCAUUUGUCCACAUCCUGUCUCGUCUAGUUCAGUGGUUAUGCUUCUUAUUUUCUGCAUGGGGAGGAGGGGGGUUGCUCUGACUUGUUCUGGUCUUUAGUAAUUGUUAAAUGACCUGAUGAUAUUUCUCAAAAAAUGUGCCAAACACUGAGGGACUGAAGCACAUACCUGGACUGUGUUCCACAUGGAAACUUUCGUUUUGGCUGUAAUAAUGAUUUAUAACAUUUUACUCUUUCUUGUAAAAGAUAAAACAAUAACGGUGCAGUUCGUGUGUUUUUAUAAUUGAAAUGAAUUUGGUUUGCGCUACAUUGUUGAUAGAUGAUGAAUUAUGGGGAAAAUGUGUGGUUCUGUCUCUGAGCCUUGGACUAACUGUCAGUUGGAGUACAGCAAGGACAGAGUCCUGCUUCUACCAUUUUUGUGACUGGAUGGAUGGAUGGAUGAAUGAAUGAAUGAACAAAUAUUUUUCACUAAGCCAUCUGAUCCGGUUUAGCUCAGAGUGUGAGGACUCCAUAUAGCCAAAUCAGUGGGCAAACAAUGAAAUGUGAGCAUAUCAGGGUUGCACUGAACAUCAGUAAUGCAUAUUAUUGUAUGUAUAUUGAGUAUUGUUCCUUGGCUCUCAAUGCAGCCUUAAACCAGUAAUGGGAGAUAUCAAGUGCCUACUUGCGACCAUAUCUCCACAGCAAAUUAUCUAGUGGUUAUAAUGGGGAUAGUAGGGGUUGAAACGAUAGGAGCUUUUGAGUGAAAUGCACUGGCUGUGAGUGGUGCGAGCUGCUGCAUCUGGACCUCUGGCUUCACAUUCAUCCUUCUCCUGAUCGUCCUACUGCACACUUGAGCUUCUUUCGUUCGGAGGCAGUGUAAAGCAAGACGUGAUCCCUGCUCACAACCCGCUUCUCUGUCCACUGUGCUGAAAGUCCCGAGUGCUGUUAGCUGGUAUCUGCCCUGUUCUCUCCUGUCACUCUUGGUGUGUGAUGCUAGGGAUGUAGGGCACUGCUAGGCAGGGAUCCGAGUUUGGCGGCACUGAGAUUCCCGAUGGAGUCAACGAAAAUGUCUGGAUGCUACAGCUCGAGUUAUUUGUUUGGAUGAAAAUGCUAAAGUUAAUAUUAAAAGCUGCAGAAAUUUG